AAAAAAAAGAAUUCACGAUUUUUCGAGCGAACCGCGGAACAAAUAGAGUUAACAAGAGGCUCGUACGGAGGCGAAAUUCUCUGCCAGCAAUAUCGUAACGUUAUUAAGAGUGAUCACCGACGUUGCAGAACUUUCCGCAGACGCAAGGAGACUUUUUCACGGACAAUGGGAACAAUGAGGAACAAUUUCGCGGCGGUCUUUGUGCUUCACAUCCUGAUGCACUUGACGAGUCAAUCCCUCCCCCUACGCGCCACCGACGAAAAUUCCUCCAAGAGAAACAGUUUGUCCGAACUGCGAUCGACGUCCUCCCCUGCGAUCUACGAAUGCCUCUUCCUAGAUCCGGAUCUGCCCAUUUGCGACGAAGAAUUAAUGUUGAAGUUGGCGGAGGAUUCGUCGAGCGAUCAAGAUAAUUUUGGUGAGAAUAACGGGCGACGCUCGACGAGAAAUGUCCACGUAUCCACGACGGACGUCAUAGUGUAUACCAUUGAGGGUUGUUUACCGUCUAAGAUACCCUUUUCGAUGCCUUCCUGCGAGGGGAUUUCCUUGGACAAGAUCGUCGACGUGCAGAAAUUCCGUCCCUUCGUCGUGAAGGGAGUGACAAAGCCACCGUUCGUCUUCCCGAAAUUCAAUUAUCGCGAAUGGCAGCGUAUGAUGACGCGGUUGAAGAAUCAUGUUUCGUCACACACGCAAUUCGAAAAAGAAGAAGAGCCGAUCGGCACGUCCGAGGAAGCGUCGUCGUCGUCCGUCGAUCGAUCCGUGAUUCAGGAUAGAAAGCAAGAGCUGAUGAAGGCAGCCACGAAGAAGGAAAUGAUGCCGAAUAUGAUCGCCGUUAAUACGACCAACUCGAACGACUCGUCGCCGAACAACACGCGCAUCCUUGAUAAUUCCAAAGUUGGGAAAUGGGUGGUGGAUCGAGCAGCGGCAAGGACGAGCGAGGAAUUUUCCAAUAUCGGCGGUAUCGUAUCGCGGACGGGUCCCACCUCUGCAAGCGUAGAAAAUCGAUCGAGUUUCCAAUUCCGUGAUCGGAUCGAUAACGAGUCCCGCGAACGUUCCAAGUUCAACGUUGGAGAAAAUCCCGAAAUUGUUGCGUUUCCCAACACAAUUCCGCCUCCCCCUCACAACCCCCUCGCCCCCCCUCCCGAGUUAUCCUCCAACGAGCUUCUAAACUAUCAUAAUUCCGCGCAAUCGAACAUUCCCUCCGAACAUGGUGGAAUCGCGCCCGAUUUCCCAUUCAAAAAAAUGAUGGUCGAAGCGUUGGGAAGGAGAAGAAGGUUACCGGCUCGCAACACCACGUCGACCAACAACGGGAUCGACGAUGAAUCGCGGCCACCGCGUCCACGCGAUUCCGGGACAAAGAAAAACCAGCGAUUCGAAUUUAAUCUUUAA